UUUUGUGGGUGAAAAUAAAGAGAGAAUUUAAACGUACGAGGAGAGCAUAACCCAGACAAAACAGAGAAAAGGGGUCUCCUCCUAGCGGGUCGUUUAACAGCUUGAGCCUCAAAAGUAUCAAAAACCCAAGCUUGGAUCUCUAAAAGGAGGAAGACGUAGACAGGUUAACGAUAAAACACACCAAUCGCUCAGCCCUCUCCUCCCUCUUCGGAUAUAUAUCAAAUAACCUCCCUUUUGAAACAAACAAUCACACAAGCAGGCUCUGUCAUCAUCACCACCUUUUAUUUCUUCAAGAACAGCUUCUGAGAAUAUCAAGAGGAAAUAGAGAGAGUAACACGUGAUGUAAAUGGCCUCCGAGAGGGAAAGUUUCGACCUUUCAGGGCCAUUACACCUAACUUCCAUUGAUUGGCAGAAUACUCAACAUCAAAGGUCUGUUGCUGCAUGUUUGGUUCAGGGUGUCUAUGUUGUUGAGCGGGACCGCCAAGAGGAACGUGAAGGGCCCCAAGCCCUUGCUCCUCCUUGGUGGGAGUUCUUCCAUUUUAAGUUGCUCCGCAAGCUUGUGGAUGAUGUUGGUUUCUCAAUCUUUGGUGCCAUUUAUGAAUUCAAACCUCCUCCUUCUCUUUGUAACUCCCCAUUAGAGGGAAUACCUCGUUUUGUAAUUGCCUUCCGAGGCACCUUGACGAAGAAUGACUCAGUCUCACGAGACCUUCAGUUGGAUGUUGAGGUGGUCCGAAAUGGACUUCACCGGACAUCUCGCUUUGAGAUUGCUAUGCAAGCUGUCCGGAAUAUGGUUGCUUCAGUAGGUGAUUCAAAUGUUUGGUUAGCUGGCCAUUCCUUAGGGUCAGCCAUGGCAAUGCUUGCUGGAAAAACUAUGGCUAGCACUGGCAUUUUCCUCAAAUCUUUUCUCUUCAAUCCACCAUUUGUGUCUGCCCCGAUAGAGAGGAUUAAGGACAAGAGAGUGAAACACGGGCUUCGAAUCGCAGGCAGUGUGAUUACAGCAGGCCUCACUCUUGCUAUGAAGGCUAAACAACAACCACAACAGAGAAGUCAUUCAGAAGAAAACCCUUUCACUACUCUGUCUGCAUGGUUCCCGAGUCUAUUUGUCAAUCCAGCUGAUGACAUCUGCUCCGAAUAUAUUGGGUAUUUUGAACAUAGGAAGAAGAUGGAGGACAUUGGAGCAGGAGCCAUUGAGAGGUUAGCAACCCAGAAUUCUCUUGGGGGUCUACUAAUGCAUGCAAUGGGAAAGCAGCCAGCGCCGGAGCCUCCAUUGCACCUCAUUCCUUCUGCAAACCUGACAGUUAAUUUGACCCCGUCACGGGAUCUCAAAGAAGCCCAUGGAAUUCACCAAUGGUGGAGAGAUGAUCUGCAACUCCGGUCUGAGGUUCACAAAUACAGAUAGUUUUCGGUGUAAUUGUUCCGAUUAUUUUCCAUGUACUUGUGGUUUUAAGUAGUCAAACAGCCUCCAAUAUUGUUUUUAUCAGCCAAGAUUUUUUGGAAAGUGUUGUGAAAUUAUUGCAAGCGCAUAAUCCGCACAAGUAAUAUAGAGAUAAGUGAAGUGUCGUUCCCACGAA